GGGGCAGCGCCGGGGCCCCGCAGCCACUCUGCGCGGCCCCCUCAGCCCCGGUCCGCGGGCGGAGAAAGCCGCUCGCCGGCGACCUGCAGGCGCUCGACCUGAUCCCGGACGUCUUCUUCGUGCGGGUGAGGCUGGAGCCGACCGGGGAGAUGUUCCGAGUGGCAAACUGCCGCAGCGACAUGACCGUGCGCGAGCUCAAGGAGGACCUGGACCUGAUGGUCGGCAUCCCUUUCAACCUCCAGCGGCUGCAGUACCUGGACCAAGGAGAUUUAACGGACGAGACUACCCUGCGAUUCCACGAUGUUGUACCGGGUGGAGUGCUUUCUCUGUGUAUCUGGCAUUAUGAUGGUUGGACAGAUCUGGUUGUGGCGGCGGUGGAAGGGGACCCCAAUAAGCUGUCCUGUCUCGGGACCACCGAAGAUUCUUUCUACCGAACUGCAAAUUCUGAACAUCUCGAGGGUGCGGAGUGGAAGCAGUGGAUCGCUCAGAGGGCUUUUGUGGCGCUGUACAUCGGCUCCCACAGAGGUCAUUUUGAGGCUGUGCGGUACCUUCUAGAACAUGGAGCCAGCUGCCUCGGCAGGUCCCCGGUGGGCAGGACGGCCCUGCACGUGGCCGCGGCCAUGGGCCGCCUGGACUGCAUCACUCUCCUGCUGGAGCACGGGGCCUCCAUCCACGACAAGGACGCCCACGGGGAGACCCCGAUCGCCACCGCCCGCCGCCUGCACCGCAAGCAGAGUGAACGGCGCAUGUUCCUCCUAUACUGGUUGGCCAAGUCGGGGGCCAAGGGCCGCAGCGAGCUGGCCGUGAAGAAGUUCUUCAGACAGACAGUGCCGAGCUGGGGUCCACGGGGGUCCCGAAGCGGCUCCUCCUGAAAGGCUGCCCGCCGGGGUGCACUGGGGGGCUCUCUGCAGCUCAACCCCACCGAGGCCCCCACCGCGGUCAUCAGAGCAGAAACACAGGACCCCUGUGACUCACACCCCGGUGUGCUGUCCUGUUUGCCAUGGGCUCCGGGAGGGUGCUGGAAGCAGGAGUCGGCGUUCACUUAGCAAUUUGCGACAGACCUAGCAGGCGCUGGUGCCUGCCUUGCAUCCUAAGCUGUUUUGUACAUUGUAUCCAAUGACACUGUGGGGGGUGCUGGGAAAUCAAUUACCUUCUCUCCCUUCUGGAGACCGUCGGAUGCACCAGCAUAAUAGGAGUAAUAACAAUAAUGAUAAUAGCA